GUACGGCAUCUACAGCGGGUGCUGGUACCGCAGUCGCUUUGGAGCGCGAGGUCGCUCCUGGCGUUGAGGCCGCUGGGGCAGGUGAGGCCGCUGCUGGGCCCGUGGGGAAUGACGGCAGCGCCAGCCCCAGCGACGACGACGGCGAGGUUGCCGUACAGCGGCUGCUUGCGGCCAUGCACACCGACAGCUGCAGCACCUCAACGGCUAGCGGCGAUGCGGCGGCAGCGGGAGAGUCUGUGGGGGCCGAUGAGGGUGCGAUGAGCGGAGGACUGCCUGUGCGGCACGGCGUGCGAACACAACUGCUAGCACGACCGGCGGCGGCGCACGAGCCGCUACCCAACUUCAUGAUGCGGAGUCCCCCCAGCGGUGCUGCAGCUGGAGGCCGCGGCGCCGGUGACGUCUUCACAACUCCGCCUUCCCUGCGUCGAAUGCGUCAUCGCAUCGUCACCGCUAGGAAGACGCCAGGGGAGCCUGCGGUGGCGGCGCGGGCGGCAGCGGCCGCUACUGGCGGCGCUGCUGGGGCCGCGGCACCUGCCGAUGAGUACGAGCUGCACUCCAUGACGGUGUCCCGGGCUAGCAGUGAGUACCGCAGUGCAUGCAGCUCACAGGAGGGGGCGGAGGGCGGGGCGACGGGCCCUGGCGGCGGCGAGGGAGGCCCGGGCAGCGACAAGGAGGAGGUGGAAGAGGCUGCCGAGGCCUUUGGCACCGCCCCGGAGGAGCUGGCGAGUGGGGAGGGUAAUGCGCAACCUGAUGGCGAGUCGGGGCAGAGCCCUCCACCACCUGAUGAGGAAACGGAGGAACAGCCGCAGCAGGUUCCGGAGCUGGAGUUACCGGAGCUGGAGGAGGAGCAGGAGCGGCGACAGGAGCCAGCGGAUGACGGCGUGCCGCAGCCACAGCAGCAGCAGCAGCAGGGGGGCGCGGCUGCCCACGCGGCUGCUCAGGAGGCAGCUCAACCUCCUCGGCCGGUGGACGCAGCAGCCGCAGUUCCGUUUGUACGCUUGCAUGGCGCCCGGGCCUCCAUGCAGGGGGCGCUGCACCCCUCCUGGUAUGCGCUUGCGGAGGAGGAGGAGGAAAGCGGGGGGAGUGCCGCAGGUCGGGACCGGGCGCCAACGGAUGGCGGUUCACAGGGGGAGGCUUUGCAGGGGCCGCCGCAGCAGCUGGCAGCUGUAACAGUGCCAGAGGCGGGAGCUGAAGCUCGCUUACCGAGGUUGCCUCUGAGGGCUGUCGCGGUGUUGUCAGGCGAGGGAGUUGCUGCACAGCAGCUCCAGGAUGGGGAGGGCGAGGCAGCGGGAGAGGGUGCUGACAAUUCGUGUGAGCUUCCUGCGACCACCACCACGAACGGCAUGGCGGAGGCAGCUCCGUCGGCAGCGGGCGUGGUGGGUUGUGCCGCAAGCAGCCGAGCCCCUUCCCCUCACAUUGCCGGUCCUCCUCCUCCUCCUCCUCGGAGGGAGCCAGGGGUUACAGACAGCCGCGAAGACCGGCCCGGCGCUCUGGGCGGUGCGCUGCCAGCAGCAGCAGCGGCUGACACGCACCCGGGACAUCACCACAACCAGGAGUCGAGUACGCAGCCUCAACUCAUCCUGCCACCACCCAGCUCGCUCCUACAGCACCUGCACAGCUCUGAUCUGGAGCCGCCGCAGCAAGAUGAAGAGUUCGGCGGCUACAUCGGCCUCGCCAUCCCUGUAGCAGGAGGAGCUGCUAUCAGGACUAGCCGUGGCUUAAGCCUGAGCGACCAGUGCGGGGGCGGUGUCACCGCGGGAGGCCGCCGGGGUCCUCUUCUCCGCGCUGUGAAGGAGACGGCGGACCGGAUCGCCCCUACCAUGCAUUCAGCUGGUGCCCCUGCUGACGUCACUCCUCUCCAGCCAACCGCCCCCCAGCACUGCUGUCUGCAGCUGCUGCUCUGCAACGCAGCCAACCCCGACAACACGCGUGUGGCGCCGCAGCACUUCCGCUGCCUGGAGGCCGCGCUGCAGCUCCUGACGCGCAGCGACGGCCCGUCUCCCGCUCUUCUGCGCGUGCAUGGUCCCGAGCCGCACCCCCGGGCAGUGGCCACGGACGCCAGCCUGCUGCGCCUGCCGCCCGACCUGCAACGCGGCUACCACCUGCAGCUGCAGGCGGCCGCGACGGGUACGGGUGCGGGUAGCACCGUUCGGCCUGGCAGCCAUGGUGCCGCAGGUGGAGGAGGUGCAGGUGCAGGGCCGCAUGGGGCUGUUGCUGCCGCGGGGCGCUGUGUGGGAUCUGCGCAUGUCAACGGUGGCGGUGUCGGCGGUAGUGCUGUCACGGGCCAUCGUGUUGGAGGCGGCGGAGGCGGUGUCGCCUCGGCGGUUGGUCUGCGCACCGGUGUCGCUGGUAGCGGCGCUGGCGGGACGGGCAGUGGUGCAGGCAGCGGGACGGCGGGGGCGGGAGCCGAGCAGCUCUGUACGACCUACUCGCUGGUGUGUCGCCCGCCCGUCGCGGCUGCUGCGAAGGCACUAUCCGGGGCCGCUGGCGGCGGGGCGGAGGUGGCUGCUGGGGUUGAGGUGGAGGUGCAGGUGCAGCUCCACACGUGCGCCAUCCGCGGCGCUGUGGGGCUGCAUCAAGUGGGUCUGAAGCUGAUGCUGCUGAGGAGGGGAACGCCACAGGGAUCGUCGUCGCAGGCUGCUGCUGCUGCCCCUGCUGCUGCUGCUGCUGCUGCUGCUGCUGCUGCUACCAGCACAGCUGGAGCGGGGAGCAGCCAUAUGGACUGGCGUGCCGCGGUGUUGCUGGCUGCAUGGCUGGGCUGCGGGCUGUGCCAGGUGGCGGCGCUGCCGCCCUCGCAGGAGGCAGCGGGCGCGGGGCUGCUGCGGCGGAUGCUGCAGCCCGCGGAGCUGCUGCUGCCGCUGCUACCACAGCAGCAGCCGGGUGGCCCGCUGCCGGCUGCUGGGGCCGCGGUGGAGCCGGGGCCGCAUGGUGUGCAGCCGCGCAUGCCACAGCCGCAGCAAGGGCUGCAAACUAAUCAUGAGGACUCGCCGCAGGCUGUGUCAGGAGCCCAGGAGCGCGAGCAGCCAGCGUCUUCUUCCUUCCCAGCUGACCAUGCUGAGCUGGCGGCGGCGGCAUUGCGCUUGCCACAGCAGCACUCCGAAAGGCCUCCGUCGGAGCUGGACCAGCAACCCCUCCUGACCACCCAGCAACCCGGGCCCCUGCCGCCUUGGCUCGAGCAGCAGCAGCAGCAGCAGCCACAUGCCGCUGAAGCACUGGGGCACCCAGGAGGUCCCGUGGCAGCCCUCCGGCAGCAGGAGGAGGCGGCCGCGACAGGCGCUGCCAUGACGCCUGGUGCGCAGCAGCCAUCGCCCGGGGCCCCGCAGGCCCCCUCGGAACCAGAGGCAGGACUAACGGAGGUUCCUCUUGCCACAGACGCUUCUUCUUUGCCCGGUGGCGACAGGGGUGUUGCAGCUGUGGGGGGAAGCGGUUCUGCCGCUGGUGCUGCCGCCGCCGGCUGCAGCCAGGGUGCUGCUACCGGCGGUGAGGCGCACCCUGACCCCUGCCUUGGUUCAGGGGGCGUUGCAGCUGCUGCGGAUUGUGCUGUUGCGAUGAUUCCCGGCACGGAGGACACCGAGGACUUUGUCCCCGCCACAGCUCCGGACGCGGAUGAGUCUCUCCAGCGGCUUCUGGCGUCACCUGGUGGCUACGCAGCUGCAGCAGCCGCGGAGGAUGAUGAUGAUGCGGAUGAUAAUGGGAUUGCCGCCCUGGGUGGUGAUGGUGAUGGUGCGGUGGCGGCUUCUCCGCCCCAUGCAGCAGCAGCUGCUGCUGCUGCCCCCGUCGGAGCAUCCCCCAGCCAGGCCGCCGCGCUAGGCACAUCACCACCACCUCCUACCACCACCCACGGCAACACCACCACCGCCACCGGAAGGGCAGCCCACACCAAAACCAACAACACCCAAGAAAUCGCAAGCCAGGAGGCGGCUCCGGCCGACAGCUGCAACACCGCCGCCGCGGAGGGCUGCCACCGGGAGGUCACCUGCGGCAACAGCGGCAGGGAUGGUGUCCCUGACACGGCCCUUGAUGCGGCCCCUGCUGCUGCUGACGUGGCAACUAUUGGUGAUGACGUGCCACCAGCAGUCCUAGCCGGCGACCCGGAGCCUGCUGCUGCCGAUGCUCCGGGUGCCGCGGCGGUUCGCGCCCGGCAGCAGGCCCUCCGCAUGGACCCGCUGUUGUUGUGCACUGCGGAGGAGUUCGGGCUGCUGCCGGAGCUGGUGCCGCUGCUGGAGCGACUGCCCGCGCGGACGGACCUGCCGGAGGGGG